AUGUCUAACAAGAUAACUGCUAUCCUGCAUGUUUCAGAAAAUGCAUCGGUCGUGAAGAGGCUUCAGAAUGAACUCGUUCAAUUGAUAGUGUCGCCAACACCAGGUUUAAGCGCUUUUCCCGUUAACGAAGCAGAUCUGACAUUGUGGCACGGUAUAAUAGCAGGUCCAGAGGGAACACCAUAUGAAGGUUUAAGAUUCAAAGUAUCAUUGAAUUUUCCAUGUUCGUAUCCGUUGGCACCACCGAAAGUUUUGUUUCUCAGUCCCAUGUGGCAUCCAAAUGUUGAUAUGAGGGGUAAUAUAUGCUUAGAUAUUUUGAAGGAUCAAUGGUCGCCCGUUUAUAAUGUUCAAACUAUCCUUUUAUCAUUGCAAGCGCUAUUGGAAGAACCAAAUAACAAUUCACCAUUAAACGCAAUGGCUGCAGAACUUUGGGACAGCGACAUGAUUGAGUACAAGAAAAAGUUGGCGAGCAGGUAUGAAGCAAUCGAAGAUUGA